ACCAUGGCCUGCUGCGCUACUAGCUUCUGUGGCUUUCCCACAUGCUCCACUGGUGGCACCUGUGGCUCCAGCUGCUGCCAGCCCAGCUGCUCCCAGUCCAGCUGCUGCCAGCCCAGCUGCUCCCAGUCCAGCUGUUGCCAGCCCAGCUGCUGUCAGACCAGCUGCUGCCAACCUAGCUGCUCCCAGACCAGCUGCUGCCAGCCCACAUGCUGUCAGACCAGCUGCUGCCAGCCCAGCUGCUGUGGAACUGGCAGUGGCCAGGAGGGUGGCAGUGGAGGCGUGAGCUGCCGCGUUAGAUGGUGCCGCCCAGACUGCCGCGUGGAGGGCACCUGCCUGCCCCCCUGCUGCAUCGUGAGCAGCACACCCCCAACCUGCUGCCAGCUGCACCAUGCCCAGGCCUCCUGUUGCCGCCCCUCCUACUGUGGACAGUCCUGCUGCCGUCCAGCCUGCUGCUGCUACUGCUGCCCGCCCAGCUGCUCUGAGCCCAGCUGUUGA